UAUCGCGUUUGCCGUCAGCGGUCUCGGGGGGACGCUCUGCUUUUGAGGUGCUAAUUCGUUCGGUUUUGCUUUCUGGUGUCGAUUUCCGUGAUGUCAAAACCAGAGACGAACCCGCCGGCAAACCACACACAUCAUGGAGAGAGGCAAGCCACAGCAUAUUCUGCAGCUGAGUGAGGAGCAGAGACGCCGUUUCGUGGACUCCUUUGAUCGGGUGCUGAGCGACAUCGAUGGCGUUGUGUGGAGCUUGGAGUCCAGUGUGCCGCGGGCCGUGGACGGCUAUGCGGCACUGCAGCGGGCCGGCAAGGACGUUGUCUUUGUGACCAACAACAGUGUGCGCACCGUGGACCAGUGCGUCAGGCGUUUCGAGAAGCUGGGCCUCCAUGUGGCCCCCGAACAGGUUUGGCAUCCGGCCCAGUCGAUUGUCCUCUACUUGCGCGACAUUCAGUUCGAGGGUCUGAUCUACAUCAUUGCCAGUGCGCCGUUCAAGGCUGUGCUGCGGGAGGCGGGCUACCAGCUGCUCGAUGGCCCCAACGAGUUCAUCGAGGAGAGCUACGACAGCCUGGCCAAGACCAUCUUCGACCGCCAGCCCGUGCGCGCCGUCAUCAUCGAUGUGGACUUCAAUCUGACAUCGCCGAAGCUGCUGCGCGCUCACAUGUACUUGCGGCACCCCGAGUGCCUGCUCAUUGGCGGCGCCACCGAUCGCCUGUUGCCCGUGGCCAAGGGUGUCAACAUCAUCGGCCCGGGGCCCUUUGCCUCCAUCCUGGUUGAGGCCAGCAGCCAGCAGGCUCUCACGCUGGGCAAACCCGGACGCGAAUUGGGCGAACUGCUGAUCAAGCACCUGAAGAUCAGCGAACCGCACCGUGUGCUCAUGGUGGGCGAUAUGCUGGCCCAGGACAUACGCUUUGGACGACAGUGUGGCUUCCAGACGCUGCUCGUCCUCAGCGGUGGCUGCUCGCUGGAACAGCUCCAGGCGGAGACCUCGCCCGACCUGGUGCCCGACUACUAUGCGGAUACCGUGGCCGAUGUGGCUCAGCUGCUGGGCGAGGCACCCAAGUCUCAUGUCUAGCACCCUCUCUAUAUCUUUUCACUUCUUUUUCCUAGUUUAACAAAGUUGUUUUGCAGUCGGGGGUAAUGGGUAAUUGUUGGAUGAUUGUUAAUCAGCUCGAAAUCAUAUUUUAAUCGUUAUCUGAAAUACAGCUGGCACUACACACAA